AUGGCUAGCGCCGCCUUUAAAGAGACAGAUAUGGCUGGGGCCCUAUCACCGGUAUCCUCACAAACGACAAACUCAAGCUCCCUCAAAGGCCUGAGCACGCUCUCUUCAAAGGUCACCUCGGUGCUCUCAACUUCAUAUGCUGACUCCGAGUUCCGAGACGCUUUAUCCCUCUUGGAUAGCCGUGGGAUCCAAAAUACCGCCGAGGCCCGACGACGCCUCCGUUUGGAUCUACACAGGGAAGUUAUUGAUAGCAAUGGCGAGAUAAUUGAUGAAUUUGGUAGAGUUGCCGAUCAACUUCGCCGCAUAGGCAACACGCUGGAAAAGCUCAAUAACAGUUAUGCCGAGAUGAAAACUCAAGUUACCAAAGCUCACGAGUGCACCUCUCCUGUGCUGCAAGAGGCGUCAACCUUGAUAGCUCAAAAACGGCAAGUCGAGAUAAAGCAGCGGCUUCUCAAAUCCUUUUCUGGACACUUCUUGCUUCCCGAGGAUGAGGUUGCCAUUUUGACUCUCACGUCGGAGCCUGUGGACGACCGUUUCUUUAAUGUACUCGCCAAGGCCCGACGGAUUCGCAAGGAUUGCGAGAUCUUGCUUGGUUUUGAGAACCAGACUUCGGGUCUCCAGAUAAUGGAGCAAACCUCGAGGAACUUGGAUCUUGCAUUUCAGAAGCUGUACAGAUGGAUCCAACGAGAAUUCAAGACCCUCAAUCUGGAAAGUCCGCAGCUAGGGUCUGCUAUUCGCCGGGCGCUACGGGCACUGGCAGAACGACCAUCGCUAUUCCAGAACUGCCUUGAUUUCUUCGCCGAAGCACGCGAGAACGUUUUGUCGGAUGCUUUUUUUACUGCUCUCACAGGCACAACUUCUGGCGGCACAGUCGAUCACUCGGUCAAGCCGAUCGAAAUGGCUGCUCAUGAUCCGUUGCGAUACGUCGGCGAUAUGCUUGCAUGGUCUCAUUCGGCCACUGUUAGCGAGAGAGAGGCACUUGAAGUUCUGUUUGUCUCUGACGGCGACGCUAUCGCCAAGGGGAUACGAUCAGGUCGGGAUACCGAGGUAUGGCGCCUUGUCGCAGAAGAUGGCGAAGAAGCACCAGAGUUUGACCCCAUCAAGGCUCUGAAUGAGCUGGUGGAUCGGAAUGUCUCGGGUGCUGCUCGCCUUUUGCGUCAAAGGGUCGAACAGGUCAUACAGACCAACGAGGAGACAAUACUUGCGUACAAGCUAGCCAAUUUGCUAGGCUUCUACCGCGUAAUGUUUGCCAAGCUCCUAACUGAGGAGUCGAUUCUUGUCGAGUGCAUCCGUAACCUGGAGGCUGAAGCCUUGCGACAGUUCAGGUCGUUGAUGCGAGACUACAUCGCCAACUUGCAAGGCGAAUUCCAGCAUGUUCCACCGACCCUCGAGCCGCCAGACUUCUUAGUGCCCUCGCUACAACAGCUUGACGCAAUAAUGAAGACAUACGAGACAUCAUUGACUGCGUCAGGGGAUCGUGAAGCAGACUUCCAGCCCAUCCUGGCCGAGGCCCUCGAUCCCUUUAUUGCCGGUUGCAGGAACAUAGGCAAAGCCUUGGCACCUCCCAAGGACUCGGUGUUUCUGAUAAACUGUCUCAUGGCUAUCAAGAGAGUUUUGAUGCCGUUUGACUUCGCCAAGGGCCGAGUUGAAGAGCUGGGGGAAGAGAUUGGCCGGGAGAGCUCCAAGCUGUCCGAGAGCCAAUACCUCUUUUUCAGGGAAGCAUCAGGAUUGGCUGAGGUUUUCGAUGCAGUACAGUCUCUAACAGACAAACCCGAGGACGUUGAAAGGGUCAGAACAUUGGCACCGUUGGCUCCGGCGGCUCUAGUCCACGCUAGCCAGAGGCUCGAUGAUUUUCUACCGUCGGCACUACUGGAUGCUCUUGAGAACAUCAAGUAUCUUCAAGACUCUACCAUGGCUCGAAAAAUCACCGAAGAGGCUGCUGAGAAAUUCUGUCUGAAUUUUGAACACGUGGAAUACAUACUUAUGUAUGCUGAUGAAUCGGCGGGACAAACACCACAAGCGGAGCGAAGCAGCGAGGAUGACUACGGUGGGCCUCAGCUAUUGCGGACACUCUUCCCGCGAACAACGGAGGAGAUACGGGUACUUUUGUCAUAA